AUGCGACAUCUUCUCUGGCUGGCUACGGCCCUCGUCUCGACCGUCGUGGCCGAAGACGGCCUGGCUGGUUGGCUACGGUAUGCACCUCUCCCCGAGAAGAUUGCCAAGUGCCACGCGAAAUCGAUCCCCUCCCAAGUCAAGGUCCUCGGAGCCACCGAUGGCCUCCCCCUCGCAUCGGCUGUCAACGAGCUCAAGCUCGGGCUGAGGGGCAUCAUGGGCAAAGAAGUCGACGUCCACUCCGAGGGAUGUCUCGGCGACGAAACGCCCACCAUCCUCCUGUCGACGCUGGAGAACUACGUCUCGGCCUGCGGCGAGCUGGACGCCGACGAACCACCCUCCCUCGAAGAAGACGGCUUCUACUUCAACACCAAGGACGGCAACGUGGUGAUCCUGGGCAGCAACGAGCGCGCCACGCUGUACGGCACGUUCGAGUACCUCUCGCGGCUCGCGCAGGCCAACUUCGAGGCGGUCGAGUACGUCGACAACCCGGAGGCCAACAUCCGCUGGGGCAACCACUGGGACAACAUGGACUACACGUCGUCGACGCACGGCAGCGUCGAGCGCGGGUACGCCGGCGUGUCCAUCUUCUUCCAGGACAACAAGAUCCGCUCCGACCUCAGCCGGGUGGCGCAGUACGCGCGGCUCCUGGCGUCGAUCCGCCUCAACGCCAUCGUCAUCAACAACGUCAAUGCCAACCCCAUCACCUUGACGGACGAGAACCUCGAGGGCGUGGGUCGCAUCGCCGACCUGUUCCGCCCUUACGGCGUGCAGGUGGCGCUGUCGCUGAACUUUGCCUCCCCCGUGGAGCUGGGUGACCUGGACACGUUCGACCCGCUCGACGAGGACGUGGUCCGGUGGUGGGACGACAUGAUCGAUACGAUUUACGGGGUGGUGCCCGACCUCGCCGGGUUCUUGAACAAGGCCAACUCGGAGGGCCAGCCCGGUCCGCUGACGUACAACCGCACGCUCGCCGAAGGGGCCAACAUGAUGGCGCGGCCGACGGCGCGGCACGGCGGCAUCUUCAUGUUCCGGGCGUUCGUGUACGACCACCACCUCGACCACCGGGACUGGUACAACGACCGGGCCAACGCGGCGGUGGAGUUCUUCCAGCACCACGACGGCGAGUUUGAGGAGAACGUGGUGGUGCAGAUCAAGUACGGGCCCAUCGACUUUCAGGUGCGCGAGCCGCCGUCGACGCUCUUUGCGCACCUGCGCGACACGCCCAUGGCGAUCGAGCUGCAGGUUACGCAGGAGUACCUCGGGCAGCAGAACCACCUGUUCUACCUGAACCCGCUGUGGCGCGAGAUUCUCGAUUUCGAUCUCCGGGUGGACGGCGAGGCGUCGUACGUCCGGGACGCGGUGUCGGGGAAGCGGUUCGGGCACAAGCUGGGCGGGUACGCUGCGGUGAUCAACGUCGGGAUGGACCGGAACUGGCUGGGCAGCCACCUGGCCAUGUCCAACUUGUACGGCUACGGCCGGAUCGCUUGGGAUUCGCAGAGCGAUUCGGUCGAGGUCAUCGAGGACUGGACGCGGUUGACGUUCGGGCUCGACCGGCGCGUCAUCGACACCAUUGCGGAGAUGUCGAUGCUCUCGUGGCCCAUGUACGAGAACUACACCGGCAACCUGGGCGUGCAGACGCUGACGGACAUUCUGCACACGCACUACGGCCCCAACCCGGCCUCGCAGGACAACAACGGCUGGGGCCAGUGGACGAGGGCCAACGAGCACAGCAUCGGCAUGGACCGCACCGUGUGGAACGGCACGGGGUUCGCAGGCCAGUACCCCGCCGAGGUGGCCGAGCAGUUCGAGCACAUCGAGACCACGCCGGAUAACCUGCUGCUGUGGUUCCACCACGUCCCGUACACCCACGUGCUCAAGUCGGGCAACACGGUGAUUCAGCAUUUCUACGACGCGCACUACGACGGCGCCGAGGCCGCGCAGACGCUGGUCCCCAUGUGGGAGUCGUUGAAGGGCCGCAUCGACGAGGAGCGCCACGCGCACAUGCUGCGCCGUCUCGUGUACCAAACCGGCCACGCCAUCGUGUGGCGCGACGCCGUGAACUACUUUUACCACAACCUGUCGGGCAUCGAGGACGAGGCGGGCCGGGUGGGAUCGCACCCUUGGCGCAUCGAGGUCGAGGACAUGGCGCUGGAUGGGUACGAGAAGGUUGCCGUCACGCCCCCCUCGACGGCGUCGCGGUUUUACGCCGUCGAGGCGGCGCCCGGCUCGAGCGAGGCCACGGCUACCACGACGCUUGGCUUCCCUGCUGGGCGGUACAGGUUGGCCGUCAACUACUAUGACCUCCCCGACGGCCAGGCGUCGUAUGAGGUGCACAUCAACGGGGAGGUGGUGGCUGCUUGGGAGGGCGACUAUGACUUGUACCUGGGGAACAGUAAGUCGGAAUUCUUGGACGGACACACGGCGGCUCGGAGGUGGUUGGGAGAGGUGGACAUUGCCGAGGGGGAUGAGCUGAAGAUUGUGGGUAGGCCUGAUGGGAUAGAGAGGGCGCCUUUGGAUUAUGUUGUGUUUUUGCCGGAGGGGGUUGUUGACUAG